GCCGGGCGGCGGCGGCGGGGCCGCGCUGCAGUCUCGGCCGGGGAGGCGCCGCUCUCGCACCGCUGGGGCGCUGCCGCCGCCGGGCCCGGGAGCGGGAGGAGACGUUCCAGCAGCUGCUCAUCUUUUGCGCCUGCUCUUUUUUCCCUACGAAUCUCUGCGAGGACAAGUUAUGUCCACAGCUACUCUGAUUAGCUUGGUACGGAAUGGAGGGUUCCAAGUGAGAAGGAGAGCCGCGCUCACGUCGCGCUUCCUGCAGGACGAGAAGCGCCCCGCAGCCGCCUGCUCCAUCUCCACCUGCGAGCGCCGCGCCUCCCGCUUCGACCCCGACGGCAGCGGGCGGCCGACCACAUGGGACACCUUCGGCAUCUGGGACAAUCGCAUCGAUGAGCCCAUCCUCCUCCCACCCAGCAUAAAGUACGGGAAGCCGAUCCCAAAAGUGAGCCUGAGCAACGUGGGCUGCGCCAGCCACAUCGGGAAGCGAAAAGAAAACGAGGACCGGUUCGAUUAUGCUCAGCUGACAGAGGAUAUCCUGUACUUCGCAGUGUACGAUGGGCACGGCGGGUCGGCAGCUGCAGACUUCUGCGAUAAGUACAUGGAAAAAUAUAUUAAGGAAUUUCUUGCUGAGGAGGAGAACUUGGAAAAUGUUUUGAGCAAAGCUUUUCUAGAAAUAGACAAAGCAUAUGAAAGGCAUGCUAAUCUCUCUGCAGAUGCAACUCUGCUGAACUCUGGGACCACUGCAACAGUGGCUCUGCUCCGAGAUGGAAUUGAGCUGGUUGUGGCAAGUGUGGGAGACAGUCGUGCUCUGCUGUGCCGGAAGGGAAAGGCCAUGAAACUCACCAUUGACCAUACUCCAGAGAGAAAGGAGGAGAAGGAAAGGAUUAAGAAGUGUGGUGGCUUCAUUUCCUGGAACAGUUUGGGACAGCCUCAUGUGAAUGGUAGACUUGCAAUGACACGGAGCAUAGGAGAUUUGGAUCUUAAAAACAGUGGUGUGAUAGCCCAGCCAGAAACAAAAAGGGUUCAGCUGCACCACGCAGACGACAGCUUCCUGGUGCUGACCACUGACGGCAUCAACUUCAUAGUGAACAGCCAGGAGAUCUGCGACUUCAUCAGCCACUGCCACGACCCUGCUGAGGCUGCCCAUGUGGUCACUGAGCAGGCAGUGCAGUUUGGCUCUGAAGACAACAGCACAGUUGUCAUAGUGCCAUUUGGAGCUUGGGGCAAGUACAAGAACGGGGAGAUGACCUUCUCCUUCAGCCGCAGUUUCGCUUCCAGCGGGAGGUGGGCAUGAAGACAAUGCCCUGGUGAUCCUUUCCUGCCAUCACCUGGACACAGCGUGCUACAGGAGAACACCUCCAUCUGUUCCUAGGCUGACUCAGUGUCUUGUCCAUCCCUUCUGUUCCCAGUGUUAGAAGGUGCCGCUGCUCCCUUGGUGCGUAGUGCCUGUUGUUGCUUACGGCUGACCGUGUCUUGCUGCCCGUGUUAUUCCAGGUGGCAUCGGGGCAGCACCCUGGGUUUGUAGCCCCAGCAGCUCCACACAUCACUUUGUUCACACAGAUGAGGUUCUGGGCUUUCACCUGAGGCUGGAGGGAGUGCACAGUCAUUUCAUGCCUACCUGUAUUCCCCAUGACCCUCAGUUCCCUGGCAGCUAUGGGUCCCUGAGCCACAUGCUGGCUUCCUUGUCCUAUAAAACACAGGGGAACAAACGCACAAUGUUCUUAGGUAGGCAGAAAGAGGGUUUGUUGUCUUCUUCUGCUGCAGCCACCCAAAACUCCUGUACUCCAGGAGAAGUGGGUGAAAAAUAAAGGAGAAGUUUUGGAAUGUUUAGGUUCUGAUGCCAGUGGCAUUUGGUGUAGCUGUACAAGUUCCUGAGACAGUGCUGCUUUAUGCUCUCACUGCUGUCAUCUGUGAUCCCCUAGCUCCAAGGAGACAGACCAGGCUGGAGCCUUGUGCUGUUGGACAGAUGGGAACCUUUCUCCAUUGGGUCCAAAGCCUGUGCAGUCUCUGUGGACCAUGCAUCAGCCCCUUGCACUGUCUUCUCUUUGCUGUCAGUGCCUGACAGAAGCACGGAGGAGGUAAAAAGAUGCACAGUUCUGAUAUCCAGAGACUCUCAUCAACUUGAAUUUCUUUCUUCUUCUUCUUCUUCUUCUUUUUUUUUUU